CUAAACCAAAACCUCUCCAGCUCCUCGCCGUCGGCCGUCGCCCACGAAAAUGGCUGCGCUCGCGAUCCUCCUCCGCCACGGUCGCCGCGCCCACGCCCACGGCCUCCGCCUCUCCCAUGCGCUCUCCACCGCCACAGCCGGCACCGACCCCGGCACCAUCUCGGUGUCCAACGCCAAGCAGCGCCUCCGCCGCGAGUUCGAUCCAGACCGCGCGGUCUCCAUCCUGGAGGCCAUCGACAAAUCCUCCAUGUCAGCCGGCGCCACCCGAAACGCCCUCUCCGUCGCCGCGCGCCGCCUUUCCCGCGCCCGCCGCUUCGCCGAUGCGGAGGCACUCAUCUCCUCCUAUCUCCCUGCGUGCACGACCGAGCCCUACCUCGCCGCCGUACUGUGCUCCUACGCCUCUGCCAACCUCCCCGAGAAGGCCCUUGACGCCUUCCGUUCCACUGCGCCGUCUCUCCCGACCCCCAUCUCCCCGCUCCCCUUCAACGCCCUCCUCUCCACCUUACUACGAUGCCGCUGCCACCAUCAAAUCCCCGCCCUCUUCGCCGAGCUCUCCAAGGAGUUCUCCAUCACCCCCAACAACACGUCCUACGGCAUCCUCGUCAAAGCAUACUGCAUGAAUCGAGACCAUGCUAAGGCGAAGCAAACCUUGGAUCAGAUGCGUGAGCAAGGUAUCUCACCGACCACCAAAACAUACACCACAUUAAUCGAUUCGUUGUAUAAGCAGAAAAAGGCAGAGGAGGCUGAGCUCUUGUGGAAGGAGAUGGUGGAGGGUGGAUGCAAGCCUGAUGUGGCGGCGUAUAAUGUGAAGGUCACGAACUUCGGACUGCAUGGGAAGCUGGAAGAGGUUAUGGAGGUGAUGAAGGAGAUGGAAGCAGAUGGAGUAAAGCCAGACAUCAUCACCUACAAUUUCCUCGUGACUAGCUAUUGCAAGAAUGGAAAAUUGGAGGAUGCCAUGGUUCUGUAUCGUUCACUAGCUGAGAAGGGGUGCUCUGCAAAUGCUGCUACGUACAAGCACAUGUUGGCAGCGUUGUGUGAAAAUGGCGACUUUGAUGCUGGGUUGGGCAUCUUUGUGGAAAGCUUGAAGAAGAACAAGAUACCAGAUUUUAGGACAAUGAAAGGGUUGGUUGAGGGAUUGGUAAAGGGAGGCCAGGUGGCUGAGGCGAAGAAGGUUGCUGCGGAGAUGCAUAAGAGGUUCCCAAACUUUUUACUGUCUGGGUGGAAGAAGCUUGAGGAGGAGCUUGGGUUGGACUCAAAUAGCGGAGAUGCUUCUCAUUCAGAAUGUACAUCUGGAAAAAUUGUUGCUGAGGCAAAGUCUGUUGCUGCAGAUGCAGAGACAUUUGAGCUUAAAGGAUCUGUUGCUGAGGAAACUGCUGUAUCAGAAGAAUCUAGUGAUGAUGAAGCGUCUGUGCCUAAGGAAGUGCCACGAGGUCCUGCCUAAUUGGGUAUUAUCAUGUUCUUCAAGUUUAGUGUGUUUAGGAUGAUGUUGAGAAUGUCUGAAUCAUUUGAUGACAAAGAUUUGACAAACCUGCAUCACUGCAUAGGAUUUGGCAUUUUUGUUGCCUUCCUCUGAACUUUCAGUAUCAAUGCUCUUUUUGUGAGAGGUGAAUUGGCAGAAACUGCAUUGCUUGGUGGAUUUAUAAGAUUGCAUCGAGUCUGCCAUAGCCCCGUAAGCUUCCAGGCUCAUGCAGCUGGAACUUUCUCA